AUGUUUGAAUGGAGAUAUGGCAUGGGGAUGGGGAGAGUGGAGGGAUACCUUGAAAAAACAAAGCAUUUGGUGCACAUAAGUGGAGGAAUCACACGAGUUAAGCAACAUCUUACUCAUACCGGAGGACAAGUCACCGGUUGUCCGAAUGUGACUGUGGAUAUCCAGAAGAGAGUCAUGGCAUCAAUGAAAAAAAAAGAUAGGAUAAAUAUAGAAAAUAAAAGAAAUAUACAAAUACUUAGAUCAAGCACGGUUGAUCUUUCGGAUGAAGUUGAGGAUGAAGAAUUUGAUGUUCAAGAAGUUAGUGUAAAACGAAAUGUUUCAAAAAAGAAAAAAUUUGUGGGUUCUAGCAAUGAUAAAAUUUCAACUUGGGUUUAUUCGGUUCAUUUACCCUUCAAUGUCGUGCGUGACAAAAGUUUCCAAGAUAUGAUCUAUUCAAUUGAAGAAUACGGAAGAGAGCAUGUGAAGAAUGCUCAAUUGAUUGUGGAGAUGAUAAAUGAGGUGAUAAAAGAUGUUGGAGAUGAGAACAUUGUACAGUUCAUUACAGACAACGGGUCAAACUUUAAAGCUGCCGGAAAGAUUUUAGAAGAACAACAUCCAAAGUUGUUUUGGACUCCUUGUGCAACACAUUGUGUGAAUCUCAUGAUAAGAGAUAUUGGUGAGAAAAUACCAAAGAUAAAGACAGCUCUGACUGAUGCGAGAGCAAUAGUGGUUUACAUUUACAACCACGGGAGGAUUCUUAAUCUGAUGAGCAAGUUGACAAAGAACAAGGAGUUGCACAGGUCUUGUGUAACUAGGUUUGCAACAUAG